AUGCAGCAGAGUGGAACACGUGGGCCAGGUCUGCCAGCGCAGAGAGAUCGCGUGGGGCUGACAGACGCCACCGCCAGGACCUGCGGAACCUUAGGAGUGACUGGAGCGGAGAGCGGUGUGAGGUGCCAUGAUCACCUGGCCUUACCAAGGGUCCCGCCCCAAAAACCUUUAGGCACAGCCGCCAGCUCCCCUUGGGCAUAUCCACGGAGAAACCCUCUUUUGUUUCACCUUAAGCCUGCAGGAAGGUCUAGUGUGAGCUUGGGGCAGGGAUUUCUCCGUCAGCCGCUUCGGCCCGGGCUGGGGGUUUUUGUGGCGCGCUUCUUCAAGGCAUUACGACGCUUCUCCGACGCCGGCGUUGACGCGUGCGCCGGGGAAAGGGGGUGCCGCGGUCUUGCUCCAGAUUCGCAGCCGGAGUCCCGGGAGUUGCAAGCGCUCCGAGGUCGGUGCGGGAAAGUGGCUCCUUCGUUGGGAGAGGAUUAUCCGUGGGAUGGGUUAAACACGGUGCCGAGCCGGCGCCCAAAUCCUCAGGAACCCUGCCUUCCCGCGUCAGCUGCAGCCCGGGGAAGCCGGCAGGACCCGCCAGUUGUGAAAAUGAAGAAAGAUAAGAUUCCACAUAUACAUGAAAUCAUGUGGUGCUUGUUUUGGUUGGAGAGGAAAGAGCUAGAAAAUGAGUUAUGGGGAAGGUGGUGACCAUGAAGACCUUGGAAGAGAGAAUCAUCAGGGCUGUGGCAGCAGGAGGCUCAGCGAGCGAGGACUCAGAGAUUCAGCAUCUGUUCUGUCUCCAGGGCUGCCCAGGGAAGAGGCUACCCAAACUGGCCAUCACAGUUUCUGGGGCUGCCUGUGAGGUUUGGAGGACACUCCACAGACAAUUACUGAAUUAAA